AUGGUGCCAAUUUCACUCUACAUCAGUCUGGAAGUGGUGAAAUGGUAUCAAGCACAGCAAAUUGAGAAUGACCCAAAGAUGUAUUGCACAUCCACUGGCCGAGGUGUUACUGCACGCACAUCAAAUGUGAAUGAAGACCUCGGACAGAUCAAACACAUCUUUAGCGACAAGACAGGAACGUUGACGAAAAAUCAAAUGCUCCUCAAAGUGUGCAGUAUUGGUGGAAUCAUCUUUGACGGAUCGAAUAUGCAUCUUCGUAGAACAGAGCAAGGUCACAGCGACAACGUGGGUGAUGUCAAUGACAUGAGGCUCAAGUUUGAUUCAGCAGCUGGUAUAAGCCGAGAUGGAAGCGCAACUGGAAGACCGAAACCAAACGUCACAGGUGUCGAGGAUGUGCUACAGGAUGGAGUACGAGAGGGUAUUUCUCAGCUGUCACUUGGUGGAAUCAAUAUCUGGAUGCUUACAGGAGACAAGGACGAAACUGCAAUCUCUGUUGCGCAGUUGUGUGGCCUCAUUGGUCCCAAUAGCAAAAUCAUUAUCAUCAAGGGGAAGACCAAGCAAGAUUGUCUCGAUGAGAUUUCAAAGGCUUGA